AUGUCUAUCACCAACAUGCCUACGAGUAACGACGCUUGCCUGAGCAUUGUACACAGCUUGAUGUGUCAUAGGCAAGGGGCAGAGAGCGAGACCUUUGCCAAGCGAGCAAUAGAAAGUCUGGUGAAAAAGCUAAAGGAGAAGAAGGAUGAACUGGACUCCCUUAUCACAGCCAUCACCACCAAUGGAGCUCACCCCAGCAAGUGCGUCACCAUCCAGCGGACUCUGGAUGGCCGCCUGCAGGUAGGGAGUACACCACUGUCUGGGGAUCAGGGGUGUAUUCACUAGUGCACACCGUAGCAAAACAUGUAGUAACAGAAAAUGUUUUGCAACAAAAACAAACCUUUGUCGUUGGACAAUUUCAAUUUAGUUCCUCCCCGUUUCGGCCCGUUUGCUUCUUUGGUUCCUAGUGAAAACACCCCUGAGAUAAGCGGCCAGAGGUAAAAAGGGCGAGAUGAGAUGGCAUUAUGAGUGGGGAUCUUGUAAAGGUGAAAAGUAUAGGGUAUGAGAACUAUUAGCACUUUUGGGUGAAGAAAAAAGUAUUUAUUUAGUUAAAUCAAUGAGUUUAAUCUUGUGUUCUCCAACCCUGUUCUUCUCAGGUAGCAGGGCGCAAAGGGUUCCCCCACGUGAUCUACACUCGGUUGUGGAGAUGGCCCGAUCUGCAUAAAAAUGAACUGAAGCACGUCAAAUACUGCCAGUUUGCGUUUGACCUGAAGUGUGACAACGUCUGCGUGAACCCCUACCACUAUGACCGGGUGGUGUCUACGGGUAUUGGUGAGUGCAUUGAUGCCUCUGGUGUAAGUUUAUUUUUUUGUGUUUAACUCCUCUGAGUGAUCGUUUUCAGCUUCUUUCCCGUUUUAUUUCACAGACCUAUCAAGCUUGACUCUUACCAGCACAGGUAAGUGACCUCCAUUUUGAUAGUUGUAUACCUUAUAACGGAAUUAUUUUCUGUUAAUGUAUGUUUUGUUUGUUGUUGACUUGUAUCCUGACUGCUGCUCUCAGCUCCCAGCCUGGGACUGAUGGUUAAAGAUGAGUACGACUUUGACGGCCAGCCCCAGCUGCCCACCAUGGAUGGGAGUCACUCCCUCCAGACCAUCCAGCAUCCUCCCUCCAGCCGAGUUGGGCCCCCCCCGGAGCCCUUCAGCACUGCUGGCCUGCUGCCCCUCGCUGACGCCCGCACCGCCUCCACCUCCGCCUUCCCCAGCAUCUCUGUUGGAUCAGGAAGUGAGGGCCUACUCCUCCACUCUAUCUCCCCUUAUUUUAUGGCUCUUUGUAUCCUCCUCACCCAACUCAUUAGAGGUCCUGAGUUAUUCUUCUUUGGAAUAAUCCUGGAAUGUUGUUUGUCAUAGGCAAGGUUUGGGUGGUUUAUUUGGCUACAGCUACUUGUGGCUUGUUGACCGAAGAGGACAUAACCCCUAAAUUGCAUGCAAGAAUCACCUCACAGUAAUUUUCAAACUCAUUCUGCGAUGUAAUGGCUUAGAAAAAGGAGCCUAUUAUGUUGCCCACCGGUGGUCACUUUCUCUUUUCCCGCUCAUUGGCUAUUAUUAGCACCCCCCGACUCUCCCCUACCCUCUUUGAAAUGUAUAAUAGCUCAUUUACUGGCUGUAUGGACAGUGACGAAGUGUGGCUCUCCCUACAAUUCUCAUCUGUAAGUAUCCACCUAUGCCCUUACAGAUGCCACCUCCACCUGGAUGAGAAAUAGCAGCUUCACGCCCAACAUGCCUCACCAUCAGAAUGGGCACCUGCAACACCACCCACCCAUGCCUCAUCCAGGGCACUACUGUGAGUCCAUGCCACUCUCAGGAUUACUGUAUGUAGUAGUAGAACAUGCAUUUCACUUUUAGAACACUUAAUACCCGCAACUCAGAACUCACUGAUGUGGUAAUUGAAGCAAUUACGUUCCAACAUUUAACAUUGCUGCUUUCAUGUCACCCUCGAAGGGCCUGUGCACAAUGAGCAUGACUUCCAGCCCCCCAUAUCCAACCAUCCAGGUAAGUGAAGCACAAUGCCUAUAUUCACCCGACAAGGUGUUCAGAGUGCCGUGAGUGGGUCUGGAGAGGAGAGGACUGAGUUUGGGGUGUUGUCGCUGCGGUCUGUUGCAGCGCCCGAUUACUGGUGCUCCACCGCUUACUUUGAGAUGGACGUCCAGGUGGGCGAGACCUUCAAGGUGCCCUCCACUUGCCCCGUCGUGACCGUGGACGGCUAUGUGGACCCGUCGGGCGGAGACCGCUUCUGUCUGGGCCAGCUGAGCAACGUGCACCGGACAGAGGCCAUCGAAAGAGCCAGGUAUGGCGUCCCAGCCUCCUGCCCCCCUUACCGUUUAACUGUGUUGAGCUUCUGGCUCUGAAUGGAGGUGAAUUCAUGACAUUGCCCGGGAAGAGUAUUUGGUCAACCCACUGAUAAUAACUGCUGUUCUUUUCACUUCCAAAGGCUCCACAUCGGGAAGGGGAUCCAGCUGGAGUGCAAAGGUGAAGGGGACGUGUGGGUGCGUUGCCUUAGCGACCACGCCGUAUUUGUGCAGAGCUACUACCUGGACAGGGAAGCCGGCCGCGCCCCCGGCGACGCCGUGCACAAGAUCUACCCCAGCGCCUACAUCAAGGGAGGUCCCAACUCCUCCGUUUGCUUAGCAUUACCAAUGUGUUCAUUGUGUUGUUAUCCACCCCCUGGUGUCCAAGCUGUGAAUUGCAUGUAGCUGGUAGUAAAUGUACACUACAUGACCAAAAGUAUGUGGACACCUGGGGGUGGAACAUCUCAUUCCAAAAUCAUUGGCAUUAAUAUGGAGUUGGUCCCCCCUUUGCUGCUAUAACAGCCUCCACUCUUCUGGGAAGGCUUUCCACUAGAUGUUGGAACAUUGCUGCUGGGACUUGCUUCCAUUCAGCCACAAGAGCAUUAGUGAGGUCGGGCACUGAUGUUGGGCGAUUAGGCCUAGCUCGCAGUCGGCAUUCCAAUUAAUCCCAAUGGUGUUCGAUGGGGUUGAGGUCAGGGCACUGUGCAGGCCAGUCAAGUUCUUCCACACCGAUCUCGACAAACCAUUUCUUUAUGGACCUCACUUUUCAUGCUGAAACAGGAAAGGGCCUUCCCCAAACUGUUGCCACAAAGUUGGAUUCACAUAAUGGUCUAGAACAGGGGUGUCAAACUCAUUUUAGCUCAGGGGCCACCUGGAGGAAAAUCUAUUCCCAAGUGGGCCGGACCGGAAAAAUCAUGGUAUAUAUAACUUAAAAACAACAACUUCAGAUUGUUUUCUUUGUUUUAAUACGAUCAACAUACAACAUAAAGCUGGAGCCUGAGGACAGUGUGUCCAAAAUAGUACAAGCACAACAUCACUAUUAAUCAUAAAACACGUCAAGUUUAUUUGAAAAUUCUAAAGAAAAAGAACACACAAACACACAAUGCCUCAGUGAUUAACAGAACUGUUUCACAGAUCACAGAACUAUAUCAGGGUGUCAUUUCUCAGGCAGAAAUGUAGAUAAAAAUAAUGAAAUCCUGUUACCCCAAACAAGUGCAAGAACCACAGAGUCAAGAAUAGGUUAAAUAUACAAAUAAAAUAAAAACAUAUAAACAUAAAUCUGAAAGCGUUGCUCAAACUCCCGUAACAGUCCCAUUAUUUUAUCUUUGAACCGCUUCAUGUCUGCCACAUGUUGGGUCGCGCACACAUUUUUCAGACAGGGGAAGUGAGCUGCAUCACCACCGGCAAGUUGCGUCUCCCACAAUGACAGCUUCAACUUGAAAGAACGUAUGCUGUCAUAAUACUGCGUGACAACUUUGUUGCGCCCUUGCAGCUGUUUGUUCAAGUUAUUCAGGUGCUCUGUAACAUCCACCAUAAAUGCAAGGUCCUGCAUCCAUUCUGCGGAAUGAAAUUCUAACACUGGUUUGCCCUUUUCUUCCACGAACUGUUCAAUUUCUUCUCGUAAAUCAAAGAAACGCCUCAGCACAGCACCUCGGCUUAACCAUCUUACCUCAGUGUGGUAUGGCAGGCCAUAGAUGUGGUCUUUCUCUCUGAGAAGGCUGUCAAACUGACGGUGAUUCAGGCUUCUGGAUCGGAUGAAAUUAACAGUUUGGAUGACCACCUUCAUGACGUUAUCCAUCUUUAAUGACUUGCAACACAAAGCCUCCUGGUGCAAAAUACAGUGAAAAGUCAAAAAAUCACGUCCUCCAUUUGCAGAUUGCACUUUCUCUCUGAACUUUGUCACAACGCCUGCUUUUUUCCCGAUCAUUGAGGGCGCACCAUCUGUAGCCAGGCUGACAGCGCGGGACCAGUCCACUCCGACCCUGUCCAGCGCGCCGACGAGUGCGGUAAAAAUAUCAGCUGCUGUCGUUGUAUCUGUCAUCGGCACCAACUCCACGAACUCCUCGGUGACGGUCAAUGUGUCAUCAACUCCGCGGAUGAAAAUGGCCAGUUGUGCAACAUCUGUAAUGUCCGUGCUUUCAUCAAUUGCAACCGAAAAUGCAAUAAAUGACUUUACUUUUUGCUUCAACUGGCUGUCCAAAUCCACUGAAAGAUCGGAAAUCCUGUCUGCAACUGUGUUUCUUGUCAGGCUGAUAUUUGCAAAAGCCUGCCGCUUUUCAGGGCACACAAUCUCCGCUGCCUUCAUCAUGCAUGUUUUUACAAAUUCACCCUCACUAAAUGGUUUUGAAGCCACUGCGAUUUCAUUAGCAAUGAGGUAGCUAGCUUUCACUGCAACGUCACUGAUGUCUCGGCUGUGAGUAAACACAGACUGCUGUUUCUUCAGACCCGCCAACAGUUCAUUCACCUUCUCUCUUCUCCGCUGUCCUUGAAAGUUGUCAUAUUUGUCGGCAUGAAGACUCGCAUAGUGGCGACGAAGGUUAUAUUCUUUCAGCACUGCAACAUGCUCUGAACACACCAAACAUACAGCUUUCCCAUUCAAUUCCGUGAAUAAAUAGGAUGACCAUUUUUCUUGGAACACUUUUCUCUUUUUUGACAGAGACAUAUUGGGGCAAUGAGGGUGCCAAAGCACAUAAUGUUAAAAGUAGAAGCCGUAAUAAAUAUUGCGGGCAAAACAAAGUAGCUCAUUGGCUGCACGUGCUUGACCUACUUGCUCUGCCCCGGUAUAAACAGUUUGCUUGCUUAACACAAUUGCUAUUGCGCCAUCCAGUGGACGCAAUUUGAACAGCAGUUUAUUUUAUUGAAAAAUUGCAGCGCAUUUUUAUACUUUACUUUUUUUUUUUUUUUUUAUCAUCUCGCGGGCCGGAUUAAACCCGUUUGCGGGCCUGAUCCGGCCCGCGGGCCGUACGUUUGACACCCCUGGUCUAGAAUAUCAUUGUAUGCUGUAGCGUUAAGAUUUCCCUUCACUGGAACUAAGGGACCUAGCUCGAACCAUGUAAACCAGCCCCAGACCAUUAUUCAUCCUCCACCAAACUUUAUAGUUGGCACUAUGCAUUCGGGCAGGUAGUGUUCUCCUAGCAUCCUUCAAACCCAGAUUCGUCCGUCGGACUGCCAGAUGGUGAAGAGUGAUUCAUCACUCCAGAGAACGCGUUUUCACUGCUUCUGAGUCCAAUGGCGGCGAGCUUUACACCACUCUAGCCGACGCUUGGCAUUGCGCGUGGUGGUCUUAGGCUUGUGUGCGGCUGCUUGGCCAUGGAAACCCAUUUCAUGAAGUUCCCGACGAACAGUUAUUGUGCUGACGUUGCUUUCAGAGGCAGUUUGGAACUCGGUAGUAAGUGUUACAACCGAGGACAGACGAUUUUUACACGCUACACACUUCAGCGGUCACGUUCAUUGAGCUUGUGUGGCCUACCACUUCGCGGCUGAGCCGUUGUUGCUCCUAGACGUUUCCACUUCGCAAUAACAGCACUUACAGUUGACCGGUCCGGCUCUAGCAGGGCAGAAAUUUGACGAACUGACAUGUUGGAAAGGUGGCAUCCUAUGACGGUGCCACACUGAAAGUCACUGAGCUCUUCAGUAAGGCCAUUCUACUGCCAAUGUUUGUCUAUGGAGAUUGUAUGGCUGUGUGCUCGAUUUUAUACACUUGUCAGCAACGUGUGUGGCUGAAAUAGCCGAAUCCACUCAUUUGAAGGGGUGUCCACAUACAUCCACAUUUUGCAUACGUAUAUAGUGUAUGUUGGUUUUUGUUUGUUCCCCUUCCCAGGUGUUUGACCUGCGUCAGUGCCACAGGCAAAUGCAGCAGCAGGCAGCGACGGCGCAGGCGGCAGCCGCAGCUCAGGCUGCCUCUAUUGCUGGGAACAUCUCUGGGCCGGGCUCCGUGGGAGGCAUCGCUCCCGCCAUCAGUAAGCAGCACAACACUUCUCUCCUUUGAGCAAGACUCACAUACUCCCACAGACAGGACACUUGGCUGCUAUUGACUCGCACACAACUUCACACCUGUUACAUCACUCACACGCCACUUAUCUAAUAGAUAAAUGCAAUGCUCACAUAGCCCAUUAUUCUAAAGUAGUUUACCAAUUGUCUCAUCAAAUUGCAGCAUCGGUCAGUCAUUGACGAUGCGUAGGAAUGCAUACCUGUUCUGUUGUUAAGAAACCUCAUAAUCAGUGUGGAUGUAUAAUGUUGUUGAGACGAAGGGAGGAGGGCAGAUAUAUCAAUGUAAUGGAACCCAACUCGGGCUCACUCUCCUCACCCAGGCCUUUCGGCAGCAGCCGGCAUCGGCGUGGACGACCUGAGGAGACUGUGCAUCCUGCGCAUGAGCUUCGUCAAGGGCUGGGGUCCCGACUACCCCCGGACGAGCAUCAAGGAGACCCCCUGCUGGAUCGAGAUCCACCUACACCGCGCCCUCCAGCUACUGGACGAGGUGCUGCACACCAUGCCCAUCGCUGACCCCCAACCCUUGGACUGA